AUGUUCAUGGACGGCGUUCUCUUAUACCCAGCGAAUACCGGAUCCCUCAUCGAGCCAUACUUUCAGCCUGUGGCUAAUACAUCAAUCUGGGCACCCAAGUCAGAUUUCGGGCCCAAAACAUACUGGGAUAAAGAACUUUUGAGCCUGACCCUAACAAAACUGUUCAAGAACAACAUCGACGCUCAGAUCCACGUUGACGGAGAUCUCGCUGUUCGAACAGCCCUAGAUGCUCUUGAGGAGCUCCGAAACAAGAACCCCAAACUUCGUGAUUACCGCGUUGGACUCGCUCACAAUGAAGUGACUGAUCCGUCAGACUGGCCUCGCUUCGCUGAACUCAAGGCCGAUCCUAUCAUGAGUUUUCAAUGGUCACAGGCCAGUUCAGUCUGGCUCCCGAAUGGUGUUAAGAGCAUGGGCCCAAGACGAUCGUACUACAUGGAAGCUUUUGGAGAACUUGCCAAGUUUGGGUCCGCUAUUAUCUACGGCAGCAACUGGCCGAUCGAUCCCCCAGAUGAGUGGCUCGCCAUCAAAGCUGGCGCCACGCGCUCCGGCGACCCCAAGAACCCCCACUCUCCCGCUUCACAAGGCGCACCCUACAACGGCAACGGUCUUCCCGGUUUGACUCUCACACGGGACCAAGCCAUCCGCGCUAUCACGACCGAGAGCGCUCGCUUCCUCCGCGCUGAUGCUUACAUCGGUUCACUUGAAGUUGGAAAGCUUGCGGAUGCUAUUGUCCUGAAGGCUAAUUACUUUGAAGUCCCGGAGGAGCAUAUCGCUAGACAGAAGACGCUGCUGACAAUGGUUGGUGGUGAGCCUAAGGAUAGACAGGUGGGUUCUUCUAUUAUGGCCCAGCUUAUCGUUCGAUGGGAAGGUGGUACGGAGUGGUGGCUUGAUGGUCCAUAUGGCUCUGCCCAGUUCCUUACCGAAGCAGCCGUCAAUACUUUUGCCGAAGCCAUGGCUGGAGGGCCUGACGCCUUGUCUGGUUAUCUCCUCUCCGGCGAAGCCUUUUCAGGUAUCGUUAGUGGUGACUUUGAAGCCGUAGACCUGUUCUUGGAGCUGUGGCCUCAGGCAACAAAUGAGCUCCUGGUUACUGGUAGACUUGGUUCAUUCCUGGCAGAGAGUGAGGGUGUAGCUAGCCUUCUUGACUGUCUCGUUGAAGCAGGUGAAUGGCUACUCAAAAUUUUCGUCGUCUCAGCCAAGGACUCGGGCGACGCACCUCGGCGCGAUAAGAUGCUGCCGAAGAACGAUGCCCUGAAAACGCUGGUAGAUGAUCCAAAGUUGCGUACUACUGCUCUCCAGGCUCUUAAAGAGCAGAAGGCCAACCCAGAAAAGCGCCUUUCGCUUAAGAAGAAUCAGCAAAUCUCGACAGCGACAGCAAACCCAGAUUACAAUGUCACCUUCUGGAAUCAAUCCGGGGGCGAUCUUCUGAGCUUGCAUAGUUCUGACCUUUGGCCUUCGACUAUCAUGUUUAUUGUUACAAAGCCCGGCAAGGAGUUCAAAAUCGGCACUCAAACUCUUGCCUGGUCGUGGCUUAUGAGCGGUUGGGCUCAAGGUGAGAUGGAUGGGUACUGUAUCUGGAAUACACCACGCGGCUCAUGGUUUGGUGUUAAUAUUCACUUGCCUGGUCUGAGAACGGCAAAAAUGAGUGGCAUACCCCCGUCACCCCGUGGAUGA